AUGUCAAAUAGCAGUUUUGCUGCUGCUCAAGAACGGAUACUCCAACGGCAAGCCGACCGACAGCGUCAAGCCGAUGCACGUAGACUUGCUUUCGAAGAAGCCGCACAGUCGACGCCCAUCGCACGGUUGCCGCCUCCUCUGAACCGCGCGGCUCCCCCAUUGACAUCUUUCUGGGCAACACUUGUACGCUCUGAGGGAACACGACCGGCAUUCCGCGUUGGGCAGGUGGAUGCAGAGUUAUUAGACGAUGAGCUCAUCACCCUCCUGAAAGGGCAGGUUGCUGAGGGACUCAAGUAUUUCGGGGCACAUCUGCAGGACGACUGGUCACAAGAGAUUCUGCUUGCUCUCCGUGUUGCACUAUUCAAGCUAUCGAUAUGGGACAACAACGCCUCGUACGGUGCGACGCUGCAGAAUCUACGAUACGCCGAUGCUCGACAACCUAUUGCUCUGCAAAGCAAGCCGACCCGGUGGCAGAAGAGUCUGUAUGGCCUGUUCACGGUCUUUGGUAGAUACGGCUGGGAUCGCUGGGAGGACUGGUUGAUCGAGCAAGAAGGUGGCUAUACUGCGCCGUCAGCCAACGUACAACGGCUGAGUCGCAUAACAUCCUAUGUCUCAGCGACGCACUCCAUCGCGGCCUUCACAUCAUUCCUCGUCUUUCUCGUCAAUGGUCGAUACCGUACACUAGUCGACCGCAUACUACAACUUCGUCUGGUCUCUCCAUCGAAUCAGAUCAGUCGUGAAGUGUCAUUCGAGUAUCUCAACCGGCAGCUGGUGUGGCAUGCAUUCACCGAAUUUCUCCUCUUCUUGCUGCCUCUUGUAGGUAUCAGCCGAUGGCGGAGAUGGCUGAGCCGGGCCUGGAAGAAGACGAAGUCAAUGGUGCAAUCAGAGGACGCAGAUGGGGACGACGAGACUCGCAGCAAAUCUGGACCUCUCUCGUUUCUACCAGAACGAACGUGUGCCAUUUGUUACCAAGAGAAGAACCCAGCCUCAUCCGAAGCUGAGAUCCUUGGUGCAAACACUGGAGCGAGUGGCGGCAUUAUCGGCUCGGUCGAUACAGACAUCGUGAACCCCUAUGAGACGAUACCAUGCCGAUGCAUCUACUGCUUCGUGUGUAUCGCUGGAAAGAUCGAAGCCGAAGAAGGCAGUGGAUGGACUUGUCUUCGCUGUGGUGGAAUCGUCAUGAAAUGCAAGCCAUGGGACGGCGAUGUCCUUGACGAGCAGAGGUCGAGUAAAUCGGUCAAGACAGUUGGAUUCAGCGACGAGCUCGAGAAGACACGACAAGCGAGAAAAGUCGCAGUCCCUUUGACACAACAGAUGUGA